AUGACCAUCCAAGAAACCACUUCCAGUGUCCUGAUAUUCACCCUGUGUAACUACCCCUCGUUGCUCACCAAUGGAAUUUUGAGACUUGAACAAAUUGAAGAUAUUCCGUUGGAAUAUUUUCCUGCUGAAGAGCGGCGAGAACAUCAUGUCUUUGAGCAACUUUUAGACUCUUAUCCUGGUCUUCUGGAGAGCUGGUGCACCGUCUUCUGCGUGGAUAGAGUUUAUGCUUACGAUUUACAGAUCAGUAAGGGAGCCGCAGGUGCCAGAGGUGAUGAUACCAAAACGUUGAAGUCUGCGAUACUUGACUGGAUUUCCCCCAAAGGGGAAGGCAUACAGCCUCCUUUACAUAGAAAUUCUAAGAUUGACCGCAGUUUUAACCACGACCUUACAGGAUCUCUUCUUUGUCCCGCUGGGUUGGACUGGAACGACCCUCAGACCAAAGAGAACCUCCAAAGUGGCGAGAUGAUGGUCUGUGGGGAUCAAUGGCCCAUUUUUUUGUAUGCCCACCAUAUUUAUGACCCUGAAGACCUGUGGUGUGGGCUUCUUAGGAGCCGCUUGCUAGUCUACGCCUACAAGCACGUCUCGUCCUCGGUGUUCUCUCAUACUGACACAACUACAGACUUGGAAACAUUCUAUCAUAGCCUCCUCGACCUCUUACAAGACCCUGAAGAAUACAAGGAAAUCAACGAGCUGCUAACCUGGUGGAAUCGCCAAGUUUUCCCCACUUCUUCUGCGGCCAAGAGACCCAUCAGUGCCAACAGCGCCUUAUCCAAGAUUCGACAAAAAUGUUUGGCCCUCAAACAAGCUUCGAAUUUAAAUACCAUCUCUUCAUAA